CCUUCAAUGGGCAUGAUGGGAAACCACAUGAAUGGCGGUAUGGGGCACAUGGGCCCUGGAGGAGACUCCAGAUACACCCCUGAUCCCUACCGGGGCGCCGUAAGGGGCGGCCAAGCCGGGGCUGAUAUUAUUAGAACUAGGAACACCACAGCUCACCAGUCGUCAACGAGACGCCGGAUUGUCGUGGGGGUUUAUUCUUACGAAGCCCGAGAACAGAGUGAUGUCUCUUUCAGGAAAGGUGACAGGAUGGAAGUCCUGGACGACUCGGAAUCUGAUUGGUGGCGCGUUUUGCACUUAACCACCAGACAGGAGGGAUUGAUUCCUUGGAAUUUUGUUGCAGAAGAACGCAGCGUCGAGAGCGAAGAUUGGUUCUUCGAUCACAUCUCUCGUAAAGAAGCAGACAAGCUCCUGCUGUCCGAUGAGAACCCACGAGGUACUUUUCUGGUCAGGCCUUCGGAACACAAUCCUCAAGGCUAUUCGUUGAGUGUGAAGGACUGGGAGGAGCAACGGGGCUAUCAUGUGAAACACUACAAGAUCAAACCUUUGGAUAAUGGUGGAUUCUAUAUUGCAACGAACCAGACAUUCCCUAGUCUGCCUGCACUGGUCUUGGCUUAUACGAAAAACGCCCUCGGCCUCUGCCAUGUCCUCUCUCGGCCCUGCCCCAAGCCGCAGCCCCAGAUGUGGGACUUGGGCCCUGAAUUGCGGGACAAAUGGGAAAUCCCGCGAUCAGAAAUCAAACUGAUUCGAAAAUUAGGCCACGGCAACUUCGGCGAAGUCUACUACGGCAAAUGGCGAAACAAUAUCGAAGUCGCCGUCAAAACCUUAAAAGAAGGCACCAUGUCUACCCAGGCGUUCCUGCAGGAGGCCAGCAUCAUGAAGAAGUUCAGACAUAAUCGACUGGUGGCCCUGUAUGCUGUCUGUUCACAGGAGGAACCCAUUUACAUAGUCCAGGAGUACAUGUCUAAAGGAAGUUUGUUGGACUUCUUGAGGAAUGGUGAUGGUAAAUAUUUGCAGUUCGAAGAUUUGAUUUACAUAGCUGCACAAAUAGCUAGUGGUAUGGAGUAUUUGGAACUGAAGCAGCUGAUCCACCGAGACUUGGCAGCCAGGAAUGUUCUCAUAGGUGAAAACAACGUCGCCAAAAUUUGCGACUUCGGCUUAGCUCGUGUAAUAGAAGACAACGAAUACUGCCCUAAGCAAGGAUCACGCUUCCCUGUCAAAUGGACAGCACCCGAAGCAAUAGUCUAUUGUAGAUUCUCAAUCAAAUCAGACGUCUGGUCUUAUGGAAUCUUGUUAAUGGAACUGUUUACCUACGGACAAGUUCCUUAUCCUGCAAUGCACACUAAGGAAGUCAUCGAAAAGAUUGAGAAGGGCUACAGGAUGCCCAAACCGACGAAACAUCAUCUACCAGAUGAUAUCUAUCGGAUAAUGUUGCAGUGCUGGGAUGCUGUACCCGAAAAGAGGCCGACGUUUGAGUUUUUAAAUCACUACUUCGAAUCAUUUACUGUGACCUCGGAAAUUCCAUACAGGGAAGUACAGGAUUAA